AUGGGCGUAACCAAGAAGGAUAUCCAGCAUUACAUCAACUAUCUUCAGCGUGAUGCAGGAAUACUUCGGGGAGCCAACGGAGCCUGGAAUAAUGCGCUCCAACAACGACUAUACACAUGGCUACUCAAGGAAAAGAAGGGCUCAAAGACCAAAGCGAUUAUGGACAAGGACCCUGACAUCGACAACAAGCAAAACGUCAAGGACAUCGUGGACAAGAAGCACAGCCAUAAGGACAAGGACGUGGACGACAACAUCGCGGACAACAACAACAACNNGAACAAGGACGUGAACAAAGAUAACGUGGACGAGAACCAGAACGGCAACCACGACCAGAAGACUGAGAAUGUGGAGAACGAUGAUUCGGACUCAUCGUCAUCUUCGAGCUCCAGUGAUUCGAUACGCCCGCUUCCCGUAAUUGACACCUCCCAUUGGAGUUCCGAUUGGCACGACACGUGGGAGCAUAUUCUUACCUUGUCCAGCCAUGAGAUGACAGUCUACGACUUCACCCAGGUCGAGGUUCCAUUGAUAUCGCGGCAAGACGAUGCCACGGGUUGCUUGCAGGACUUGCCAUUGAAGGACAUGGAAGGCCGUUACCUCGCCAAGAUAGUCAUUGACUUGGUUACGGAUGUGCUAUGGGAGUCUGUGAAUUUCCAACAGUUGGAGGAAUGCAUGAUGCAGAAGCAGUACAAUGAGCUCCCGCCUCCAUUUGGUCCCAAGGUGGUUAUCUCCAUGCCGUAUACACUGCAGAUCGCCAUCAUGAAGACGAGCCUCACACACUGCACAGUAGUCAAGUAUUACUCCUUCGACCAAAAAGUCAAUCUACGACUGGAGUCAAAGCCCAAGCAUAAUACCGACGACCUGCAGAGUGGCUUUGCCUACAUCAAGGCCAACGGUCCCAGAACCAAUAUUGGUAACCAGCAAAUUGAGUGGGCGGAAAUCGAAACCCGGCGGACCGACAGUCCGCUCCAUGGAUGGUCAGCUGGAUUGGUUAAGGAAUGCCUGCGAGGGCAUGCGAGUGGGAUCGUGUAUGCGAAGACCAUGAACGACUUCUAUCUGACCCUGCAUGACCUGGCCGCCUGGUUCUUAGACGACGUUGUUGUUGAACUUCUUGGAGAUCUCAAGUCAAAGACCAUUGUGUUUCUCGGUUUGGCUGAGAAAGGAAAGACACCGGCAGCGCAAGCUAUCGCCAUGGCAGUCAGUGAGUACUACAUUAUGCGAGACAACAAGGAUGAUGGUAUUCAGCCGGGUUUCCGUAUCUGUUCCUCCCUUGAUCAACUACGAGGAGAGUCGGGUGAGAAAUAUCGACCGGACAUACUUGAUGAUCCGGAUAUCAACAUG